AUGCAUGGUUUCAUUCACACAUUGCUUCCUCGUGAGGAUGAUAAUGGAGCCUCUCACGGCCGGCGGGCAUUGGUGGUGACUGCAGUACUAACCACCAUUUCAACUGUCAUUGUCGCAAUGCGGUUCUAUGCUAGACUUGGACUGAUGAAAAUUACCGGUCGUGAAGAUUGGGCUAUUCUGAUCUCUUUGACAUUUUCCAUUAUCUACCUUGCACUCGUCGCUGCCCAACUACAUUAUCAGAUGGGCGUCCACUCAUCACUUCUUUCCAGUCAUGUCUUGCAGCAACAACUUAAGUGUUUGUGGGCUGCAAUUCCCAUGUACAACGCUAGCUUGGCAUUUACCAAAUUCUCCAUUCUCUUCCAAUAUCUGCGCAUCUUCCCCGGCAAACCUUUCCGCCUUGCCUGUUAUAUCACGAUGGCUAUCGUGGCUACCUACUCGUCAUGGGCCAUUGUGAGUGGCUUUGUGAACUGUGUCCCAGUGGCCAAAUUUUGGAUCAGGGACUUACCAGGCAGCUGUCUCAAAUUCGAGACUAUCUGGUUCUUCAAUGCUGCUAUGAAUAUCACAACCGAUAUCGCAUUACUAUUGUUGCCCAUGCCACUACUCUCCAAACUACAGCUGCCCCGCACACAGAAGAUCGCCCUAAUGGGCGUCUUUGCCAUGGGUAUCUUGGUUGUGAUAACCAGCAUUCUCCGUCUUUCUAGUUUACGAGAAGUAGCAAAAAGUUCCGACACUUCAUACAGCAACGUCACAGCUGCCUACUGGACCGCCGCAGAGUGUAACGUCGCCAUCAUGUGUUCCUGCCUCCCAUUCUUGCGACCCAUAAUCAGCCGCAUCUUCCCCAAGCUUCUGUCAGCAGGAAGCUCCAAUCGAUAUGCUGCCAACAAACCCACCGUGACAAACCUCACGGGAACUCGCACUAUAACACGCCAUACUCAGCUGUUUAGCCAGAACCACGAUAAGGACUUCGAUAUGUAUUCGAUCAAUGUGAAGCCUGGUAACCACUCCAAUCACAGUUCGCUCGGUGGCAUCGAGGUUACCACCGAGAUGAGCGUUAUGCAGGAGGAAACUUCGAAGAAGAGCACCAGCCAGCGGAGGCUGGUUAUGGAUGCUUGA